AUGGGCAAAGCAUCUAGCAACACUUCUCACGCUAUCCAAGCCGGUAACAAGGCCAUUAUUGUCUCCCCUUGGCAACACAAAGUCAUCGAGGUGACUCCAUUAAACAAGUUUGGCGGACAAUGCAGCUUUAACGGUGUCAUGAACGGCGAGGUAUCGUUGAACGACCGUUACUUGCACCAGGUUGCUAUAGUGGAGAACGGUGAAUUUGUCGGUCUCAGAGACGAAUAA